CGUCCCGCCUUCGCUGGGCUCUGGCUCCGGCUUCCCCGCCCGCCCCUUCCUUCCUUCCUUCCCCGCUCCCUCCCUGCCUGGCUGCAUCCUGCUCGGUGCAGGCCGGCGUGCGGCGGCGGCGGGGCUGGGGGGCGCGGGGCGGGGGGGGGGCAUGUGGCCGACGCUGGCCCUCGGGGCCCUGCUCUUCCCGGCCCUCUUCGCCGCCAGCCUGCGGACUCUGGGCGGCCUCGCGCCGGGAUGGAGCCGCAAGGACCGGAUCGUCUUCAGCGGCAGGCUGGUUUCCUCCUUCCAAGCCACGAUGGCAACGCUCUCGGGCAUCAUCGUCAUCAGUAGCUGCAAGGACGUGGUGCAUGACAGGCACUGGUUGGCCCAGGAGUACACCUGGAUCGUGGUUUCCUACAUGACCUACGACCUCUACGUCAUGUACCUCUGCUACUGGCACAAGAGCCAAGAGAAAGGGGAGGACCUGAAAAAGCACACCCUGGCCAGCUUGAAGGGCUUCCUGCAGAGGGAACGGCUGAUGGUCACUCACCACAUCUUCAUCCUCGUCAUCCUCACUCCCGUCGCAGUGCAUCUUCGGGGGGACCUGGGAGACUUCUUCGUGGGCUGCAUCUACAUGGCAGAACUCAGCACUCCCUUUGUAUCCCUGGGCAAGAUCCUGUUGCAGCUCAAACUGCAAGACUCGCUUUUGCACAAAGUGAACGGGAUCCUCAUCUUGGCCACCUUCUUCCUGUGCCGCAUCCUCCUCUUCCCCUUCAUGUACUGGACCUACGGCCGGCAUUCGGGCCUGCCCAUCUACGAGGUGCCGUUCCGCAUCCCCUUGCACUGCAACGUGGCCAACGCCCUGCUCAUCGCCCCACAGCUCUACUGGUUCUUCCUCAUCUGCCGCAAGGCCGUGCGCCUCUACAGUGCCUCGCCGACUCCGGACCGGAGCAGAUAACAGCGGGUUUGGGCUUGCCUUGCAAGCACUGGGCUCGGAGGUGCCCCCCUCCCUUUCACAACCGGCGACUUAGGGAUCGAGGGUCUGGAACUUGCGGGGGGGAAGGGGUCUGGUGGAACCUGCCGCAGAGGCCUGAGUUACCUUCGCCGACAGACAGAAGAAACGGGGCCGGUUCGGGGCCAGUCUGCCGCCUUCCUGCUCUCCUCCGUGCGAGAUUAACCGGAUCCUGUGACGGCCAAGCUGUUGCUGGGUUCCUGCCAGGAAAAACAGUGGUAGCUGGAUAUGGAAUAUUUGCAAGCCAGUAGAACUACGGGUGCCAGAAUCUGGUAGCAGCCUCUCCAUCUCUAGUGGCCCCCGGUAGCCUUUUGAGGUUGGGAUGGGGCCCAGACCAGUCUGAAUCACGGGGCCUCUCCGUUCCCGUCACCUGUCCACCUGCUUCCUCAACCACGCCGUGCGCCCAGGUCUUCCCAUUUCUCCUUCCGACUGCCUUAUGUCCCUGCCAGUCCGGGCACUCUGUCCCUCCACCCCAAAGCAAAUGCAAGACUACACUACUGACUCUUGGAAAAGAAACCCACAAGGUCAGCUCAGCUGCACAAGGUCCCUAAAAAAAAUUGAAUGCUGUAAGGUUUGGCUCCAUCAGGGCUGUCUGUAUUCUGCACUGUGUAAAAAAAAUUCAGGUCCCCGUGUUUCAGCUUUUAGAAGAAGAGGAAUUUGGAUGUAUACCCCACCUUUCUCUCCUGUAAGGAGACUCCCGGUGGCUUACAAGCUCCUUUCCCUUCCCACAACA